AUGGAGGAGUUGAAUGAAUUCACCGUGCCAGUCGGCACUCGUCAGUCUUUCGGUAUAGAAUUGGAAUUCUUAGUAGCGUAUUUACCACAUGACGUGCCGGAUCCGAACGAAGUCGAAGCUCACGCGCUCCCCCCUCUGCUACGAAUCAACGAAACAAACUACGAAGCUACGACGAAGAUCAAGGAAAGUAUUCGCGCAACUCUAAGGAAAAAUGGAAUUCGUGUUUCUGAACCUGAUUAUGAUCUCGCUGCAGCUGAGCCUGCGUCCACGGAUAAAUUGCCGUCUCGGCUUCAUGAUAAGGACAAGUGGAGCGUCACGGUAGACAGCAGUGUCCAGGAAAAGUUCAUGGAGAAGUAUAAGUGGCAACCUAUCGAGAUUCAAAGCCCAGCGCUCUGGACGACGGACGAGUCGUUUCAGGAGAUCGAGUACGUUACUAACAUCCUUACGUAUAACUACCGUCUAAGGGUCAAUCCUACAUGUGGUUUCCACGUCCACGUCGGGAACGGGAAGGACUUCUUCACAGGUGAGACGAUCAGAAGACUAGGCAUGUUUCUCUGGGUUGCUGACCCUAUGCUUUCGCGUCUGCACCCCCCCUGGCGGAGGGUCCACUCGUAUUCCUCGAGCAUUCGCUACCACAGCCGGCUGGCCUGCGAAGGGAUUUCGGUGAAAGACGUCCGGAAAGAGUUCGAAUCGUGGUACGCGAACGACGACCCCAUAGCGGUGACAAAGUUCUCGGAUACCAGCCGGGAGGAAAUUGCAUUUGGUAGCCGGGAGAAGUGGGAGGCAUACGCCAAGUGGCGCAACCAAGUAGGUCCGUUCAUGACGAUUAAAAAUGAUGUUGACAGAGAACCGCCAGAACACUAUCCGCCAACCGAAUAUUCCAGCGGUUCGGAACCGCCGUAUCUACCCUCGUGGGACGAAAUAGUAGCUCUAGGGCGUCGUCUACGCGAACAGCAUGGGCAGUUCGAUGCACCUCCCGAGGAUCACACUUUGCACAGGAACAUAAGUUGGAUUUACUGGGACGCAUUUCAAGGCGAUGCAGUUAUCGAGCACGUUCUCUCUCUUGCCGAAGAGCAUUUUGGAACUAGAAAUGUCACCGAACUCGCAACAGCUGACCAGAUACAGCUAGUGAUCCUCGCAGAGUGCGAGAUUCUCUACAGCAGGAGUCUCGACGAGGUAAGCGACUCGAUGUUCUACGUCGUGCUGCUGGCGAGCGCCUCGUACUUCGAAGCCGCGCGGUACGGCUUCCAGUACAACUCCGCUACGGGACAAUUCGAUCUCGCGUCGUCCAAGUUUGGUCCGAUACUCUGGAAGCCGAGGCCGAAUAAGGAAGAGCGGAUCGACUCACCCAGCAUUAUCAAGAAGUGGCAGCACGCGGCCGAGCUGAUGGAGCCGGACGAUGAUCCGGACGACGAUCCGGAUAGAAACAGCAGGGACCGCCUCAGCUUGUCUGAAUAUAUCAAGGCGAUACAAACGAACGAGGGCAUCUCGGAUCUCUUCGAUAAAGCGAAAGCUAGCGCAGGUCCAGCAAGUUCUGUAGAUGAAAACGAACUGCCGUCACCCCUCUUUUUCGGCACUCCCUCUCCGCCGCCCGCCAGUGCCCCCGAGGCAGAUUCCGGCGCUCCUGACGCAAACUCCAGCUCUCCCGAUCCAAAAUCCAGCCCCCUAGACCCUAAUCCCGAGCCUCUGCCCCGAGCCCAAGACCAAGACCAAGACCCAUCCACCGAGGAAGAGUCCGACCCCUCAUUCUUCAACCCGCUAACCAGAUAUCUCGCCAAAGAACACGACUACAGCUUCUCGGACCCAUCCUCGCCCUUCAGCCCUUUCCCGCCGUACGAGGAGCCCGAGCCCGAAGUCCUGCUCGACGAGGAAGAUGAGGAAAACGACGGGCAGCCCUGGCCGUUCGAUGCCGAUGCCGAGAUAAUCGAAAAGCUCCGCCCCCACGACGUCGACGGGAUCACGGCGCUCUACCAGUCGGAAAUCGACAAGUACGUGCACAUCGCGGACGCGCAGUGGGACCGGAUCGGGUGGAUCCCGUCAAUCUCGCACGCGGCGAUAUACGGGAAGGCGUUCCGGGACGUGCCGGCGGGGCAGGCGGGGGGGCUGCAGGUGCACCCGCGGACGUCGGGGGCGGAAGGGCUCGCGAAGCUCGCGGGGUGCGACUCGGCGAUGGCGGCGGCGACGCUGCUGCAGGGCCCGUUCGGGCGGCGGCUCAACUACAACUUCCGCUGGUACGGCGCGGAGCAGCUGAAGGACGACCGGGAGGACGGGCCGCGGCGGUCGGCGAACGCGCGCACGCUGGAGUUCCGCGAGGCCGGCGGCACGCUGGAGGCGCGCUGGGUCGGCGUGUGGGCACGCAUCGCGACGGGGAUCGUGCGCUUCGCGCGCCGCGCGCCCCCGCUCGAGUUCCUGCUCGUGCUGGAGCGCAUCCUCGAUCAGGAGGAGCGGGAUCUGGCGAUCAGGGAGAAGAAGAAGAAUGCUGCCGAGGCCAAGGCCAAGACCAGGACUACUAACGGGACUUACGAUUUAAAGGAGAACUAUGAAGAAGAAGGGGAGGAGGAGAAAGAAGAAGAGGAGGAGGAGAAAGAAGAAGAAGAGGAGGAGGAGGAGUACAGGUAUGAUAUCUGCGAUUUGCUCAACGAUUUGGGCUUGUUUGCCGAGUCUUCUUACGUGUGGAAGCGCGAGCAGCAGUACGGCCCGCCUAGGUGAUGAAGUAUGAAGCUGGUAUGUUCUUUGAAUCGCUGGGUUAGGUACGUAGGAGGUAGGUAUACCUUUGCUUGGUAGGCUUUUGCCUUCGCUUGGUGUAAAAUUGGUCUGAGGUAGGUCGUUUUAUCGUUUUGUAAUACGGUUAGGUAUCAUGGUAGAGCGUAUUUCACACAUAUUUCAUCUUAAUUGGUUUUAGUACUGAUAAGUUCAGGUACUUAUAUCUCAUAGCCAUUUGUCACAAGUAGCAAGUCGUUAGUAAAUAUAUAUAUUCGAAACUUCUCUUACCCCUAUCCAGUAGUCAAAUCCUUGUUAUCUUUAUGAUCUUUCCUAAUAAAACCCCUGACAAAAUCUAGAUGCACAGAGGUUUCCGUUCGUACCCCUCCCCCUACUCAUCUGAGCCCAUCUCGGAUGACUAGGGAGAGUUGUCCAGGCCCGGCACGUUUUUGCAGUGCAAGGCAAUCCCUUGUCUCGCGUAUCAGAUACCAUUCGGCCGCCCCUAGCACCUACACGUUAAUCAAUUUUAUGUUCAGUUAGGUAUCUCAUCUUGGUACAUUCUCGUGAAACAACAAUAUAACUCCAUUCUUUAUCUAGAGGUAGGUACCUGGUAGGUAAUCGUUAUCCAACUCAUGCUUGGAUUUACAUCCCUUGAAUAAUAUUAUAUAUAGGUACGUAUAAUGCGUACAUCUUUACCCGGUC